AUGUUUAUCUGCAUUAAAUAUGGAGACAAUCGACAAUUCCUGGCCAACAUCAACUGCUCGGUCUUACUCCUAAUGCAUUACCUGCGAGACAAGGUGGGACUGCAGAGGACAGACCCCAUUGACUUGUGUGAAGAGAAUGGGACCCUGAAGCUACUUUUCCUGGUCAAGUUCCCAGAAGACAACGCCAGCAAGUUCCUCACUCCCCGGGGAACCUACUACAUAUGUAAGGUGGAAAGAGGCGCCCCAGGGACCAAACACGAGAACAGCUACCGAGCCUUCCACCCUAUAAUCAAGUACCCUCCACUGGAUUUGUUGGAUUCCCUGCGCAAUCAGUGUGACUUCCUUGAGAAAAGCCGCCUCAAGAUACUCAAGAGCCAAGAUGGCAAGAAACCCCCGACCAUGGAGUCACUCUUGUCUUGCAUGGCAAAUCAGGUGGUGGGGAAAACCAUGGGGAAGGCUGGAGCCAAUGUCUCUGGGGGCCUAGAUGAUGAGGGCCAGCCUCGUAAGACAACUACAGCUGCUAAGGCUAGACUGGAGGCCAGCAGGAAGGACAAGCAUCGCUGAGAACCCACGCAGAUGCCCAGAGAGAGCUGCUGUCUCCCUCCAGAGGUCUCUGUGCUGCGCAAAUGCCAUAACCGGCCAUCGUUGUGAACCCGCAUCUGA